GUAGGCACUAGUUCAUCCUUCAGUGUUGACCGGCCGCGUGUACACCCGUGUGUUUUAUCAUAGAUAUUGACACGCAAAUUGUACUUGUGGUGUUUAUAUACUUACUUGCAAUCACUUGAGUGCCAAAAGUGUGACAUGUCAGGGGCCAAAGAGACUCGGCGGACCGACGCUGCCAGCGAGAACACCAGCGAUGCAGGUUGCACGGUGUGCCUCAGAAAUCCACACAUUCAGAACUUGAACGGUGACAUUCUGUACCACCUGGGACUCGGCACCAAGACUCACGACCUAGUAAAAAUGUUCGGUGACGUCAAGUUUGUGUGCAUGGGCGGUACACCCCACCGGAUGGAGACGUUCGCCAAGUACUGCGAAUCGGAACUCGGGGACGUGCUCCCGGCUGGCUCAACGGUCCACCAGGUGCUCGAGCACUCCCACCGCUACUCCAUGUACAAAGUGGGACCGAUACUCGCAGUGAGCCACGGCAUGGGAGUGUCGUCGAUGCAAAUUCUGCUCCACGAAGUGAUAAAGCUGUCGUACUACGCCCGAAUGAGGGAUCCGAUCUACUUCCGGAUCGGUACGAGCGGCGGGAUCGGCAUCGAGCCCGGCUCCGUCGUCGUAUCCCUCGGCGCCGUCGAUGAGCUGAUCAACCCUUACCACGAGCAGGUGGUGUGCGGAGAGAAGGUUCGGCGGCCGGCCGAGCUGGACCAGGAGCUGGCCAAGGAGCUGAGCUCGCUGCACAAGCCCGGCGAGGACGAGUACAAGGUCGUGAACGGCCGGACGAUGUGCGCCAUGGACUUUUACGAGGGCCAGGGUAGGUUGGACGGGGCCUUUUGCUACCACACCGAGGAGAAAAAGAUGGCCUACCUGAGGAGACUCCACGCCGCCGGGGUCGUCAACAUCGAGAUGGAAGCCACCGGUUUCGCGGCGUUCACCCACCUCGCCAACAUAAGGGCGGCCAUAGUCUGCGUCACUUUUCUCAAUCGCCUCCACGGGGACCAGGUUUCCACGCCAAAGGAGACGCUGCUCGAGUGGGAAAAGAGGCCCCAGGAGAUCGUCGCUCGGUACAUUAGGCGGCAGUUGUCGAAGAACAAGUAAACAACGACCACCUGUGUUGUUUGUACAUGAUGUAUAAAUUGUGGCCUACGGACACUCGCACGGAAUUAAAAUAUGUCCUCGUGGCGAGAGUCGCCGUUUUGUGGAGAGACCUGCAAAAUCAACGUUGAACUAAAGUGCGGUUACCUCCGUAUCUUUUUUUUUUUUUUUUUCUUUCGCUGUACAUAUAUGUACGUGUAUGUUUUCUAUAAGUAUAGGUAGGACCAAUUUGUUGCGAUCGGGGUACAAUAAUAAUAUCGACGCUGUUGCAUGUACGUUGAAUGUUGUGCGGCACGUGUGUCGCCAAUGGCUAAAUAAACAAGGUCUUUUUUUUUCUUACAACAACACCGGAGAGUUAGUUUCAUCAAAGUUUUUAUUAUUAUUCUAUGGACAAAAUAUACAUGUUGGUAUAUAAAUAUAGUAUGAACUGUCGAUAGCAUGUAGAUUUUUUACGUGUAACAAAUACUGUUUUUCUUCGCAGCAAAAGGUCUUUUUUUUUUGUUUUAAAAGAGCGCCAUUUUUCUACUACAUUCCGUACAAUUAAGUGUAAAUCGAUGAUAUGAUGAAGUUUGAAAUAAAAAGUAUCUUUCAUAAACAUUGUCGAGUUCAUUCUUUUCUCGUAAAAGUGUUGCGAACAGCAUCACUAUUGAGAAUUACACGAUGAGUAUAUAUGUGAAAUAAUUGUAUACAAGGUUAAUAUACGUUGAUAUGCAAGUGAGUUUGUUAUGAGUUUAAAGGCAUGGUAUAAUCCCAGGAAUUUCUUCCAUAGAGUAUUGGGUACGACUACACGUAUGUGUGGUGAUCGAAGCGAUACAAAUAUUUGAUUUAAAUAUCGGUUUUCUAAUCAUCAUAAAAUGCGAAUGACGACGAGAAGAUGCAGUUAUCAUGUGAAGUUUUAAAAGAACGCAGAUAACGAAAAACAGCAGAAUUUCAAAGUUGC